GAGGAGGGAAGGGUGAGCUGUCUGAGGCCAGCAUGGAGCCAGAGAGGAAGGGGUUCUGGUCGGCUUCUUCGGAUGGAGAUGGGAGCGAAGGAAAUAAAUUAAUACAAGGAAUUUCUCAAGACUUGGCUUCCUCCCCUAAAUUAGACAGAUACAAAAUAGCAAGGCAGUUAACAGAAAAAGCCAUCAAGGAGAAGAAGAUUUUCUCUAUCUAUGGACACUACCCAGUGGUGCGUGCCGCUCUGCGGAGGAAGGGCUGGGUGGAGAAGAAGUUCCACUUCUUGCCCAGGGUCAUUCCCAACGUCGAGGAUGGAGGCACCCGGGUCCCUGAUGAUAAACCUGCUGAAGUGAAAGAAAAUAAAGAAACAGCUGUGGAGAGAAUAGAGGACAUCCACGAUGUGAUGUCUAGGUUGGUAAAAAACGAGAUGCCCUACCUUCUCUGGACCAUCAAGAGGGACGUCAUUGACUAUCACAACCUGACCUGUGACCAGAUGCUGAACCACUACGCCAAGACUGCCUCCUUCACCACCAAGAUCGGGCUGUGCGUGAACAUGCGGAGCCUGCCGUGGUAUGUCCCGGCGAACCCCGACUCCUUCUUCCCACGCUGCUACAGCCUCUGCACUGACAGCGAGCAGCAGGAGUUCCUGGAUGACUUCCGGCGUACCAUGGCAUCCAGCAUCCUCAAGUGGGUGGUCAGUCACCAGAGCUGCGGCAGGAGCAAGCCCAGGGCUCAGGCGGAGGAGGCCGAGAGCAGCGAGCUGAGCAGCAGGACAGAUGCUGAAAAUGCUGAGGCAAAGCUCAGGGGCCUUCCUGGGCAGCUUGUGGACGUCGCGUGCAAGGUGUGCCAGACCUACCUGGGGAAGCUGGAGCAUGAGGACAUCGACAUGGCAGAGGGCACCACGGAGGACCUCACCGAGGCGGAGUGGGAGGACCUGACCCAGCAGUACUAUGCCCUCAUUCAUGGUGACGCUUUCAUCUCCAAUUCAAGAAGUUACUUUCUGCAGUGCCAGGCUCUGCUGAAUAAAAUCACAUCCGUGAACCCUCAGACAGACAUCGACGGGCUGCGGAACAUCUGGAUUAUAAAGCCUGCGGCCAAGUCCCGGGGCCGAGACAUAGUGUGCAUGGACCGUGUGGAGGAGAUCCUCAAGCUGGUGGCUGCAGAGCACCCUCCUUCCAGGGACAACAAGUGGGUGGUCCAGAAGUACAUUGAGACACCAAUGCUCAUCUAUGACACCAAGUUUGACAUCAGGCAGUGGUUCCUUGUCACGGACUGGAAUCCCCUGACCAUCUGGUUCUACAAGGAGAGUUACCUGCGGUUCUCAACACAGCGCUUCUCCCUGGACAAGCUGGACAGCGCCAUCCACUUGUGCAACAAUGCCGUCCAGAAGCACCUGAAGAACGAUGCGGGCCGCAGCCCUCUGCUGCCAGCACACAACAUGUGGACCAGCGCCAGGUUCCAGGAGUACCUGCAGCGCCGGGGCCUCGGUGCCAUGUGGGGUAGCAUCAUCUACCCGUCCAUGAAGGCAGCCAUAGCCCACGUCAUGAAGGUGGCUCAGGAUCACGUGGAGCCUCGUAAGAACAGCUUUGAGCUCUACGGGGCCGACUUUGUGCUCGGGAGGGACUUCAGGCCCUGGCUGAUCGAGAUCAACUCCAGCCCCACCAUGCACCCGUCCACGCCCGUUACGGCCCAGCUGUGCGCGAAGGUGCAGGAGGACACCAUCAAGGUGGCCGUGGACCGCAGCUGUGACAUCGGCAACUUCGAGCUCCUGUGGAGGCAGCCUGCGGUCGAGCUGCCCCCAUUCAGCGGGUCUGACCUCUGCGUGGCGGGCAUCGGCGUGAGGAGGGCAAGGAGGCAGGUGCUGCCCGUCUGCAACCUCAAGGCCUCAGCCUCGCUGUGGGAUGCACAGCCGCUGAAAGCACAGUGCCCUCUCACCAUGCGGGACCCCACCCAGGGACCCACACGACCAGCUCGCCAGCGAGACCUGGGACUGAAGGAUGAGAAGGGGCUCCCCCUGGCCUUGCUGGCACCCCUAAAAAGGCCAGCCGAGAGCGGCAGAGCCACGCAGCCCCCCCGCACCAAGGCUGCUGGGAAGGCGGAGCUCCCUGCCUGCCUCUGCCGCCACGUGGACAGUCAGGCCCUGAACACCAGUGACCCUGAAGCCCAGCCGGCCAGAUAUUCAGAUCCAAACCUCUUUAAUGUGCACCCCCUGGCGCCUGUGCUGCAGGGCCUGAAGACAGAGGAGAGCACCCUGCGUCCGCCACCCGGAGCCCCAGGUUCGUGACAGAGUCAGAUGCUCUGCGGCAGGAGGCCAGGUGGCAGCCGCUCUCCCUCCGAACGUUGAAUUCGUCCUUCCACUGUCUUGUCUUUACCAUGGCUCUCGGAAAAUCGGCAGAGCCUGCCAUCACUCCAAGGGGAGCUGUCUGUUCUAUCUGCCGGCUUUUAAGACUGCUUUAAUAUGAUAUCUGAGUAUUCAAUUUGAUUUUCAUUUAUUCAGCCUGGAAUUUAAAUGU